CGCCAGGAGCUAGCAACGUCGUACUUAUAAAUGAAAACAAGACAGCUGCGGCGGUAGACAGUCACGGUUUCUUAUACAACUAUUUGUAUAUAACCAGGCGGUCUGUGACGUCUUUUUCACGUACAAUAUGGAGUCCUUAUCGGCUCUUAACCUUAAUCCUCCUAAACUCGAUACAUUGCCCACCGAUAUCCUGCUUAUCAUUUUGGGCUACUUGGACACGGCUCGGAGUAUAGCCCACUUGGGUGCGACCUGUAAGGGACUAUGCCAGCUCAUUUCGGCUGAAGGUUGGCGCGUGUUUGUGAGGACCUGCUUCAGUAGUCUCAGGCUACCUGAGAGCAACUCUGCUGAAGAGUGGGCGCGUCUAGCACGCGUCCUCACCGCGCAGUCACGAGAUUGGGAUAGGCGAGCCUUCGUCUUCCAUUCGCUCACACCGCCUGAAACGCGAGAGACCCGAAGACGCAAUGACAGAAGACCUCAGACAUCGCAGUCCAUCCCAGGCAACAUUAUUGUCGAUGCCCACCUACAGAGCCAAGGGCACUUUGACGAGGAGUUCGUGGCCUGGGGCGCUGGCGAAGAUGUCGUCGCUCGUAUUCAGCGAAAGAAGCGAAAGGGCCAAGCCACGUUAAUAUCUGAAGAUUGGCAUUUGUGUAAAGGCUCGGAAAAUGGCUUUGUUGCGGGAAAGGGCGAUACUACCAGUAUAUCAAUUGUCAAAACAAGCCCUUUCGAAGAUGGUAGAGAUAUGAGUGUCGUGGUCGGAAGGGCAAACGGUGAUCUUCGCUUACUCUCAAUGGAUCACUCUACUUUCGGCCGCACAUUGAUGCGAUUCCGCCCAUCACCUGCUUCCCCUAUUCACCAGCAUGAGAUACGAGCAGUUGACGUUGAUAGCUCCAACAUCAUAGCAACCAGCACUAGAGAAAGUGUCUGGCUCUAUCCUGCCCAGAACCAUGACCAAGUACAGGUCAACGAUACUGAAGAUUUAUUCAUAGACCCGAUCACUACGGCCUGUCUCAAAGACUCACAGCAGCUGUCCUCCUUUGAAUUUAUCCGCUCUAUGAAAAUCCUAAACAAAGAGACUCUUGCCGUGGCUUUGAACAGGAGCUUCGACCCGCUCCGUGUUCUCACUGUCACCCCGACCGGCUUGGACAUCUCCAAACCAGCCCGGAACCUAGACGAACUUCCCUACAUAGAUGCAAGUCCUCGAACUGUGAGGGCACUUCUACCCGUAGAUGUGAGGUCAAUUGCGAGCGGAUACGGGAAUGUCAUACUCAGCUCUUGGGAUGAUGGUACUAUCCGGCUUCAAGACUUACGGACUCCGUCACCAGUGGACCAGAUCUACCAGGAUAACUUUGAAGUUGCCACUCCCAUCAACGCGCUCAUCUCUCACGGCCUCGAGAGGUUCGUUGCAGGCAGUGCGUACUCGCACAUGCUGAAAAUUUUCGACUUUCGUUGGCCUAGGGGGUAUUAUCACACCGACUCGUUGCCAUGCACUAGCAGCCGGCCAUAUCCCACCCCCAGACCUCCGACCAUCAUUGACGAGCCCGAGUGUUAUCACAGGCGGUCACUAUGUAACCACCUGUUUGGCUACCGAUGCCGAUGGCACGCAUUGUCGCGCCAUGAUUUCUACCGACCCAACUGUAACAUCUACCUGCCAUUUCGAAACUACGCGAGUUCGCCUAUAUACUCUUUAGCGAAGCCUUCGGAUAUUUCCCCUGUAGUCUACGCUGGGCUUUCCGGCUUGCUUGUCGAAUUCGCACUGAAGAGCGACAUGCAUACUGCAACUGUCUCUAACCAACCCCCCCUUUAUACUCGACAAACGGGCAAGGUCGCAGUCUUGGAAACAGGAGAUGGCUCCCGUAUUUUGGACGUCAGUAAAUGUCAGCGCGUACCCGAGAUACGUCGGCAGUCAUUUAGCGGUAUAGAGGGUGGCGGUAUCACGGCGAGGAGACAGCAUCGGCUUGACGAAGCUUUGCAGGAUCCUCGCGAGUGGCAAGAAUUCAAGGCUUCGCCUAUAUGAAAGUGACGAGUAGCGACCACUCCCUUGUCUAUGAAGGCUACACAAGAGCGUCUCGGUAACGUCUCAUAGUCACAUACUUUCAGUUACGAUAGAAACAUGGCAAGGAAACCCCAACAACCAACAGCGAGCCUAGUUGCGCAAUUUCAUGUAUAGAAUCUUGGUCUUAGGCGAAACAAGGCAGCGUGGAAUUGAGUUGAGACUUUGCUAUCUGACAAGUGGUAAAUGAGUGUCUCGUCAUGCAUCGCCAUUC